CAGCUUAGUCGCGGUUAUUUGUAGUUGUACCCGGUUUUUAGUUUUCUCGACCGGUCGUCGUUCCCCAUCCGGGCAGUGGCAGAAAAAGAAGAAGAGAAAACCCAACCAGGACAAGAACCAGGUACUCACUUACUUUUACGGAUAAAACGUGUUCUCACUGGAACACCCGGGUUCAGUAGGAACUCUUCCUUCACCAAGCUCACAACUUAUCGCACACACUUCAUCAUAACCCAGUCUCAACUCGACCACGACAACAUAAAAAAAGAAAAAAAAAUCACAGGCCCACACUCCUACAAAAAACUUCCAGUGAGCCGAACACCACAAUUUGGAGGGGUGUCCCCUCAGAAAAAAGCGAUGUCUUAAUUGAUUGGAACACCCCAGUUCGAAAAAUGUGAACCCAUCCCCCCCCAAAAAGUGUGCAGUAGUGCGACAUUUCUGAUCCCGAUGUUCUCAUCCUUCUGCGGAUGGCGUUCCUAUUAAUAUUGAUACUUCUCCCACACCGUAGUAACACCGUAUUCAUUCUGAUUAUUCGUUGCGGCGGCGGCGGCGGCGGAGGUGGCGGUGGUGGUGGCGUAUGCAGCAGGCUAACCAGGGGGACGAAAAAGACUGCAUAAUCCAAGACAGAAAAACAAAGCGUGACAAGAGUUUUAUUUCCUUUAGUGUUUUUUUCUUCCUCUCUCUCUUCACCAAUUUAGAUAAUUAAGUGGGGGUGAGUUUGUGUCUGGGGGAGAAGAAGGACCGAAAAUCGGGGUGGGUUCCUUUUCCAGUCUCACCUCGCCUCAGAAAACCGGAACUUUAUCAUCAUCCUCCUCCUCUCUCCUCAGUGGAUUACGAAAAUAGUUCAUAUGUACGAGAAUAUGUGGAGCGGUCCACAUUCCAUCAGCAGUAGGACACGACGGGAGCCAUCGUCUUCUUCAUCUUCUCCUUCGUCGACAUCGACACCGCCGCCUUCAACAUCGCCGCCGCCGCGGGGGAGGGGUGACAGUGGUGGUGGUGACAGUGGUGGUGGUGGUGGUGGAGGGAGUAGGAACGGUGCUGGUGGUGCUGGUUGUGGUGGGGGUGGCCAGUUAAAAUGUAUUUUUAUAAGAUACAGGAAACUUUUGAUAUCAACGCUGUUCCUCUCGCGACAGGAAACCGUCCUCUUCCUCUGCUCCGUCGUCUGCUUCGUCAUGGUCGCCUCCGGCCCCGUCCCUGUCGGAGCAAAUAUUGACUGUUUCAAAUGCGCCAGUCUCAAUGGAGAUAAUCCGUCUUGUGAAGAUCCGUUUCACAACAAUUUCUCUGCCGCCACCCUGGAGUCGCCGUGCAUGGGGGGACGAAAAGGGAGGGACGGCCUAUUUCCUGCUACCGCCUGCAUCAAAAUGGCCGGCGUUUUCGUGGAGACGGGGGAGACGAUCACGGUGCGGGGUUGUGCCUUGGACAGCGGGACGCUAAACACGGACACCGAAAUCAUUCGGAUGUCUCAUUGCGGCCACUUCUUUUUCGAGGAUAGGUACGUGAAGGGUUGUCUCAAGUCGUGCGAAGAUUCGGACGGUUGCAACCCUUCGGCUCGACCCAGGGCGUGGGACCAGCUCGUCGUCGCCAUCCCGCUCCAACUCCUCGCCACCUUUCACCUCUUACACACCUUCUUUUCUAUCCGUACACAACUAUUGUAGGAGCUGGUUACAGUGGACACAAGAUUCUCGACGAGGGCAAAAGUAAUUAAUUAACGGUAUACAAUUAGUUAACUAAUUAAUUAAGUCCUACAUAUUUACAUAACUUAUGAUAAGUUAGUUAAUUAUCUUCACGGUUUGAAAAAACAAAAUCGUCGUCGCACUUUCCUUAAAUACAAAAAAAGGUACAUAUUUUACCGUUUUUGAAAAAGAGGACACACCUUGAAUUUUGAAUUUGAAUGUUUCUCGUUUUUUGUAAAAUUUCAUUUUGACCUAGAAUUAAAAAGUGUAUUUAAAUUUUACAAAAAAUUAUUUACCUCUUUUUCAAAAACUGUACGUGCAUAAAACUUAUGGCGAGAAACAAACCAAAAAAUGUGUUUAACGUUAUAUAUAUUUAAUAAUCCACAAAUCUGCAUGUUGUGACUCGUAAGUAGUUGUAAAAAAAAUAUUCCCACAAUCGAGAACCAAAAUCAUGUAAAAUCGUAAUCGUCGUGCUAAAACAACAAAUUUAUUAUACAACAUAUAAAUUUAUGUAAAAAAAGAAGUAUCAAAAUUCUCAAUGUUUCGCACUCCACGAAGAUUAUGCAAAAAUAAUAUACGAUAAUACAAAUAUCUAUCUAUCAAUCUGUCUCUGAAAAAGGUACACAUGUGAUAACUUCAACUUUUUUAAAUGCAAAAAAAUAUUACGAUUAAGCCUAAAAAUAACUGCACUUAAUUAUAAAAGCUAAAAACAUUAUUAAAAUAUCUAAUUAUCACGAUUAGCGGACAUAAAAAAAUCCUUAAAAUUGGCACAAUCACUGCACGACGAAUUCUAAAAAAAGAAAGAGUCAUUCGUCGUUAUCUAAAUAUAAAUAAAUGUCAACGCUUACCAGGAAAAGCACACUUAUUUCUUAAAUAUGUAUGCUAAUUAAUUACAAGAUAAUUAACCUAAUUAAGACGAAACGUACCUCUCUCUUCUCUGUAUACACGACAAAAUGUUACAAAAAUAUUAAAUGUUCUUAUCCAUU